UUGGCGUUAACACAGGUAGACACUCCAGUAUCACCGCUGCUUGACCUGCACAUCCUGCACACUUUCCUUUCUCAAUGGAGUUCCCAGUUGGACUGUGUUUGGCUGCCCUGCUCUUAAUGAGUGGCGUGGCCAAGGCACAAAACGAUCCUUGCCAGGCCUUGCAGUGUACAGACAGCGAGGAGUGCACUACAAUAAGUGGAGCCUUCGGAUGCGGCUGUCAAUCAAGACCCAACUCUGACAGCUUUGAUGCCAUCCAGUCCUGUGCGAGCAGCUCUUCUAACUUAUCUCUGUCCCGCUGUCAGCUCUUUGAGGCCGGCUUGAACAUAACCUCUCUCCACCUCAAUGACCCCAGGUGCACAGGCUCCAUCCAAAACGGCCGAGUGUUUUUCCACUUCGACAACGAGCAAAAUGUCUGCGGGACAACUCUACGGAGCAACGGCACACAUUUCCUCUACGAGAACUCCAUUCAGAAGGGUGCCGGCUCAGAGGGUUUGAUCAGUCGUCAUAGUUGGGUGAACAUUAACUUCUCCUGUGUGUACCCACUCAUCCAGAGCAUCUCCAUGCCCAUGUCCAUGUCCAUCCAGGCCUCACGGGGCGGUGUGGUGUUCAAGGAGCUCCUGAAUCAGGGAUCAUACCAGAUCCGCAUGAUCCCCUAUCCCAAUGCUUCCUACAUCGCUCCCUAUUCUGGAGAUGUCACAGUUGAUGUGAACCAGCAGAUCUUUGUGGCCGUGGAGGUUGAAGGAGUCGACAACCAGCAGAUUUCUACCGUGUUGGACCACUGCUGGGCCACGCCCUCUGAUGAGAUCAACAGCACCAUCCGCUGGGACCUGAUCAUCAACGACUGCCCAAACCCUCGAGAUGGCACUGUGCAGGUCCUGCAGAAUGGCGUUUCCACGUCCGCCCGCUUCUCCUUCAGGAUGUUCACCUUUACGAGCGUCUCUGACAAAGUCUACCUGCACUGUGAGGUGCACCUGUGCCUGAAGAACAAGGGCUCAUGUGUACAGUCGUGCAACCCUGGGGCCAGACGAAGACGCCGUUCUCUCAACUACCUUGAGCCAGCUGCCGUCACCAUGGCUUUCUGAUGAGUUCAGAACAUCAUCUGAUUCCA